AUGGACGCCAUCCAGCACGCCCUGCAUCGGUCAAGCAAACAUGCCCCGCAGCAACCAACACCCCAAGAGCUGUCCGAGCUCAAGCACAAGUACGAGCUUGCCGGACAAGGCCAGGUCUUCACCUUCUACGAUUCCCUAAACCCAGCUGAACAAGGCGCAUUGUAUCAGCAGCUCCUCGGUUUCGACCCCAUAAACAUCAACACCAUCACCGCUAAAGCUCUUGCCCCUGCCAAGACGGAACAAGAUGGCGGGGCACCAAAGCUCGAGCCCCUGCCCGAGUCCGCCAGCGCCAGCAUCUUGGACUCCAAGCCCGAGGACAUCAACCGCUGGUACGCGGAGGGUCUCGACCUGAUCGCCCAGAAUAAGGUCGCCGUCGUGCUCAUGGCUGGUGGCCAAGGCACCCGGUUGGGCAGCUCCGCCCCCAAGGGCUGCUUCGAUAUCGGCCUCCCAUCGGGCAAAUCGCUGUUCCAGAUCCAGGCGGAGCGUAUCCGCAAGAUCGAACAGCUGGCCGCCCAGAAGGCCGGUCCUGGCGCCAAUGUCACCGUCCCCUGGUACGUCAUGACGUCCGGGCCUACGCGCGGCCCCACCGAGAAGUACUUCAAGGAGAAGAACUUCUUCGGCCUGAAGAGCGAGAAUGUGUUCAUCUUCGAACAGGGUGUCCUCCCCUGCAUCUCCAACGAGGGGAAGAUCCUGCUGGAGGGCAAGGGCAAGGUGGCCGUGGCCCCCGAUGGCAACGGCGGAAUCUACAACGCGUUGGUCGAGUCCAAGGCGCUGGAUGACAUGAAGAAGCGGGGCAUCGAGCACAUCCACGCCUACUGCGUUGACAACUGCCUCGUCAAGGUCGCCGAUCCCGUUUUCAUCGGCUUCUCGGCGUCUGCCAACGUCGACAUCGCGACGAAGGUCGUGCGGAAGCGCAACGCCACCGAGAGCGUCGGCCUCAUCGUCCUCAAGAACGGCCGCCCGGAUGUGGUGGAAUACAGCGAGAUCGACAAGGACAUUGCCGCCGAGGAGGACCCCAAGCAGCCGGGCGUGCUCCGCUUCCGCGCCGCCAACAUUGUGAACCACUACUACUCCUUCCGUUUCCUUGAAUCCAUCCCGCAAUGGGCGCAGAAGCUGCCCCACCACGUCGCGCGGAAGAAGAUUCCCUACGCGGACCUCGCGUCUGGCGAGACUAUCAAGCCGACCAGCCCCAACGGCAUCAAGUUGGAGCAGUUUGUCUUUGACGUCUUCCCCCUCCUGGAACUGAGCAAGUUCGCCUGCAUGGAAGUGCGCCGAGAGGAUGAGUUUAGCCCGCUCAAGAAUGCCCGUGGCACCGGUGAGGAUGAUCCGGACACCAGCAAGUACGACAUCAUGGCCCAAGGCAAGCGCUGGGUCGAGGCUGCUGGCGGUAAAGUCGCCAGCGACGAUGCCAAAUCGGGCGUUGAAGUUAGCCCGUUGACGAGUUAUGGCGGCGAGGGCCUCGAGCAGGUGGCUGGCAAGAAUGUCCCGGUCGCGGCUGCGUUGGAGUUGAAUUAA